UCGCACACACACACUCGUCGACUUUCGUCGGAUCCCGAUUACCGAGUUCGGAGCUGCUGCUGCUCGACAAUUUUGAGGGGAGUUUUCAAAAUUUAAACUCGUUUAACGUAUAAUUCAGUGCCAAGUCUCUCGACACCUCUAUCACUGGCUAGGCCAUUCUCUGCAAUCUCGACAACUUUAUCCAUCUUUUUUCAUCAAGAAUGGAACCAAUGAGUCUAGGAUCACCCAUUGGUAGUCCAGCCCAACCAGCUAACAGUCCAGGGCCUGGAUCAAACUUUCUUCCUGGAUUUCUAUUAGGUGAUACUAAUCCAAGAAUUGGUGUCAUGUCUCCUGAAUCCAAUAGAUACUCACAUAUGCAUGGAACUCCAAGCACUCCGCUUGGAGGGUACGCUACACCCGAGCUAAGAAUGAACCGACAGAAAGCCAUGUUUGCAAGCGGUAGCAAUCCAAGUUUAUCUCAAAUUGCACCAGAAAAUCAUGCGAAUGGACCACCUACAAAAUCUUUAUACGAUAGUUUAGAUACAAAGCAAACAAUGAGUACUCCUCAAAGUGUUACACUUAAUAAUCAGAGCUUUAAUCACUCCAGAGUCCUUGGAUCAGGAUUUGCAAAUACUACGGUCAAUGCCCCAUAUUGUGAAACUCCAAUUAACCAAACACAAAAUGAAUCAACUCAAGGUCUGCUACAGUGGAUCACUGUAUUUGGUUUUCCGAUGGCUGCUCUAAACAUAGUAUUGUCGCAUAUUUCCAGCAGAGUGAGAAUAAUUGAUAAGCAUCCAGCUCCUCAUUCUCAGAGCAAUUGGAUUCAUCUCAAGUGUUCUAGUGAUCAAGAAGCUCAAAGGGCAUUAGCGUGCAAUGGUAAUAUUGUUUCAGGAUCAGUUAUGAUAGGUGUUAUUCCUUGUACUGAUGAAGGCGUAAUACUUGGAACCGACAAAGAAAACAGAUCAAAACUAAGUGAAAGUAUGAGAAUGUUUUCAACACCUGUUAAAGCAGGUCACAUGACUGGAGUUGGCGCGAAUAAAACACCAGUCAGAAUACCAAAUGCUCGACCACUGGUUUCUGGUUAUAACCAACAUAUGAGCCCUCAAGCUGUUAGAUCACCCGAUAAUGUUCCACACAAAUCAACUGGAUUAGUUACAAAAGCCAUGGAGUAUGUUUUUGGAUGGUGAUUCAUUGUGUACUCAUUGCCUGACAAUUGCUCAACGAGCAAUAAUAAUUUUAUAUUUGUAAUUAGUGGAUCUUAACUCAAAUCUGAUUCAACUAGUAUUUUUACGAAUGAAAUAUGGACAUGAAUAUUUUAAUAUUGUUGCUUGUUUUGUGGUAAAAGUAAAUAAAAUUUCAUGUGUUGAUAUAGGGUAAAUAUUGAGUGCUAUUUUUUGAAUUCUCAUGGAUAGCAAGAUUGUUUUCGAUGAAAUGAAUUUCAUAGAUGCUAUUGCAACAAUUAUUUUUAAAAAAUAAUUAGCUUACAAUCUAAAUUGCUCUUUUAAUAUUUUGUAAAAAGUUUUUCUGAUUCUGUAUUGAAUGUUGUUUAUUAAUUGAGGCUAGUUUUUUGAUUUUUGCACCAACAAAGUAGAUAAUGCAAUUGAAAAAUCAUAGAUUACUAGAAAAAACCAGCGAAUAAAUACUUGUAAAUGCUAAUGAAAUAAAACCUUUAUUUUUACUUCUUUAAAAAAA